AUGACUGAGGAGGAUCCGGGACAGAUACAAGACCGCCCUGACAAGGUUCCGGUGAAAGAUGAGAGUGAGAAAAGAAGUGUGGGCUCCAAGAAAACAAAUCCUUUUCUGACAGUUACCCUGAUGAGGUUUUCAUAUUUCCGAAGAGCUAAAAACUUUUUCGAAACAGACGUGUUUCCAAGUCCAAAACAGGUCCCUUUAGUGGAGGGGCCAUUCGGCUUGGGGAGUCUGGUUUUUACUCCUUUCCAGCGUUUCAACAACAUUAAGUGCUUCGUGACUCUUUAUUGUCUUCUGGUCCUAGUUCAAGGAAUGGUAUUUGGUCUUACUGAUCUGAGUAUUGGAAAUUUUGAGAAGGAACUUUAUCUGUCAAGACCAGAAAGAUACGUAUUGCCCCUCACUUAUGAUAUUUCAUCUUUAUCAGUAGCAAUACUUGUAGCAUACUGUGGAAGCAGAGGGAACAGGGCAAGAUGGGUGGCAGUUUCUGCCUUUUUGGUAGGACUUGGAUCGCUUUUACUUGCUAUUCCAUACAUGAAAUAUGAAAUUGUAAAACCCAUGGAAGACGUUGACGAGUUGUGUUCAGAAGAAGAACAUAGGACAGUAACAGUGUGUGAGGAAAACGUAUCACCAUACAAAUCACAAAUUAUCUCUCUCUUCAUCGCCGGCCAGUCUUUCCAGGGAUUUGCAGGGAUGCCGAUUUAUAUACUUGGCUUGACCUUCAUUUAUGACCAUGUUUCCACACACUCGGCUGGCUUGUACCUAGGUCUCGGAGAAGCUGUGCAAAUACUUGGCUAUGGUGUGGGUUACACAGUGGGAGCACCAAAUCUUAAGCCUUCACAUAAUCACACUGAAGAGGACUGGUCAAAUCAUCAGUAUAAAUGGUGGCAGAUCAAUUGGUUGGUUGGAUUUCUUGGUGCCACUCUACUUGCUUGGUUCUUAUUUUUUCCACUGUUGUGUUUUCCAACUAAUUUACCUGGUGCACAAAAGAUAAGACUUCGGAAAGAAAGGAAACCUUCCACCGUUGACAGGAGGCUUAAAGAUAAGGAGAUGGAACUUCAUGUGAUUGGUUUGUGGCAAGCUCUUAAGAGUCUGAUAAAAAGCCCUCUGAUGAUGUGCUAUGCAAUGUGCAAAGCCACAGAGUCCCUGGCUAAUAUUGGAUCUGCGGAAUUUUUGCCAAAAUAUUUAGAAAAUCAGUUUUUGUUAACGCCCUCACUUGCCACUCUGCUCACAGGAAUCAUUUUAAUUCCAGGUGGUGCAAUUGGCAUUUUCCUGGGAGGUUUCGUUGUCUCCAAGUUGAAAUUGUCAUGUAGAAGCCAAAUGAGAUUUAUAAUGGCAACAUCUAUUAUAUCACUUGGGCUCUUGGUAUUAGUCAUUUUUGUAAAGUGUGAAACAGUGGAUUUUGCUGGAAUCAAUGAAGAUUAUGAUGGAUUGGGUAACUUUGGAAACCUCACGGCUCCAUGCAAUGAGUUAUGUGAUUGCAAAAGUUCUGUCUACUCUUCUGUGUGUGGAAGAGAUGAGACUGAAUAUUUCUCUCCCUGCUUUGCAGGCUGCAUUGCUAGUAAAAUCCUACACAAUGAAAAGACAUACUACAACUGUUCCUGCAUUAAAGAAGGACUGACAAACGCAGACAGUCAAGGUGAUUUCAUUGAUGCCGUCCCUGGAAAAUGCAAUACCAAAUGCUUUACAUUACCUUUGUUUUUUGCUUUUUUCUUUUGUGCAAUUGCCUUCUCUAACUCGGGUAACAUACCAAUCACCUUGAUGAUUCUCCGGUAA